GCACACGACUGAGCGAGCGCUGUAUAUGUAUGGAGCAUCUAGCUAGCCAGCUACUAUACUGUGUACGUAUCAAAAACGAGCUAGCGCGAACGACGACUCGCGAAAGUCUAGUCAGAAGAAAUCUAGACUGCCGUACCUGGGCAAAUUACGAAGAAUUUCUCUCCAGUAUUUCAACUUUCUAUAAUAAAUCAGUUCUCGGGUACCCUGAUGAAAUCAAGAUGGAUGAGGCCGGAGGAGAAGUUCAAUUUCGUUGUAAGCUUUGUCAAUUUAUUGGAGCUGCCAAAUCAGAAAUUGCGCAACACUUUCUCAGCGAGCAUAUCGAGGUAGAAUAUAUCACACCAACAAAGAAGGGGAAGAAAGCUGACGGAAAGAGUGGUGAAGGGCAAAAAGCCGAGGAGGAUGAAGAUAAGAAGAAAGAAAAGGUUGCUGAUAAAGUCACGGAAGAAGAGGAAGUCAACUUUUCUGCUAAGCUGCCAUCCAAAAAACGCGGUCGACCCAAAGGCAAGAAGGCAGGUGCUGUAAAGACUAAAAAGAAGGUGUUGUCUCCAGAGCCAGCGAACUUAGAGGACGAACCGAAACACCUUGGUCGGGGAAUGAGAAAAAGAAAAAAGAGGAUGCCAUUAGGGAGAGCGAGCAGCGAUGAUGUUGACGAAAGUGACGAUGGCGAAGAUGACGUAGAAGAUGACCAAAUUACCAUCCUCGAAGAUGAGAAGGGAGAGCAAAAAGAGACCAAGAAGAGCGUUUUAAAAAUUAAAUCAUGGGAUUUCAAAUCGCGACGAGGUCGCCCAAGGAAAAACGAGCGACGAGCUCAUCGGAAAAAAGAUCGAAACUGGACCGCUAUUGACGACGUCGAGUCUAAAAAAGAAAGAAGUUUAAAGAAACAGAAAUUGGAUAUCGUGGUUCCCACGAAAGUGUUCAAACGGAUCCUCCGGGGUCGUACAGAUGAGUGGCAGAAAACAUAUAAUGAUAAACAUAGUCUAGAUCUGUAUCGAUGUGAGGUCGAGAGGUGUCAUGGGAUAGGAAUGGCAGAGGCCGAGUUUGAUGUCCACAUGAAAUGCCAUGUGCCUUAUAUGGAAGGAUUUCGGUGUUUUAUUUGUCAGUUCAUGUGUCUUCACUGGCGUAACAUGCGCCAUCACUACCGAAAAGUUCACGACCAAAUGCUAACCUGGGUCUCGUGCGACUUUGAGGGGUGUCAGAAAGAGUUCCCAAAGUUUGGUGCUCUGAAAACUCACGUAGCAUUGGCACAUAUAAAACCCCCGCUAGUGCAAAAACUGAAACCACCCGGUACCGAUCUGUCUGAGUUCUCGUCCUACCUGGAUAAGAAAAUUAAAGUAGACUCGUACGAUGCUAAUGUCAACACAGAACAAAACGAUGUUGAAGAUGAGGAAGAAGAAGAUGAUGAGGAACCAAAGAGAAGAGGUAGACCUCGAAAGCGUAAAAGGCCUGUUGGACGCCCAUCCAAAGAAACUGGACCCCCUGUAAAGAAGCAGAAUCUCCAUCACAGGAUGCAGGGGGAGGAUCGAGAAAAGUUCCAGCGUCGCCUUGUGGCAUUUGUUUGUGAGGUAUGCACUGCCAAGUUUAACGAAGAAGAGAAGAUGACGGAACACAGCCGUGGACAUUAUCGCACUGGCAGCAAUCAGAUCCAUUGUACGGAGUGCGAAGAGUUUGUUACAAGCGAACAAUCGUCACUGCAAUUGCACAUGGCCCAGGAGCACAAGCGGUUGCUGCAGCUACACCGGUGUGACAAGUGCAACUUCUCCUCGAAUCGAUUUCAUGAUCUAAAGAAGCACAAUAUCGUCCAUACAGGAGCAAAGAACUACAUGUGCGAUAAGUGCGGGAAGUGCACCACAACUCCAUACAACCUGAAGGUCCAUUACCGACGAAUGCAUGCUUUAGACGAGGAAAAGAACAUCAAGUGCAUCACAUGUGAUUACAGAUGUGCUGACAAGGCUGUUUUAAAGGAUCACAUUCGACAGAAGCAUGGACUUCUCAUCAACGGUGACGAGUACACCAACCCACGAUCAAUGCUCAUGUUCCCCUGCCCUCAGUGUCCUUACGUGGGUCGGAAGCAAUCAAGUCUGGACUACCACAUGCGCAUUCACAACGAGAACCGCCAGUUCAAGUGUAAUCUUUGUCCUUAUGCUAGCAAGACCAAGAACAACCUGGUGCUGCACCUUCGCACCCACGAUGGAUAUAGACCGAUGAAGUGUCCCCAUUGUGAUUUCAGAGGCGCGACAAACAAGAUAAUUUCUGAGCAUGUCAUGUGCAAACACGCCAACAUCCGUCCUUACCACUGCAGCAUCUGUGGAUGGAGCACGGCGUACAGUGGCAAUAUGUGGAAGCACAUGGACACCCACCAGAAAGAGCUCAAAGACAAGAUGCCCGAGUGUCCCGUCAACAUCGUCAACAGCAACAACCAUUCCAUCCCAGCGCCACUCCGACCACCUUCGGGCAAAAAGCGAAACAUGAACAAGGCUUCAAAUUUCAAACUCAAACUGGCGAAGACUGGCAAGACCAGACGGCAGCAACCGCAGAAGACACAACCGAUGGAACAGACAACUACUAUAUCAAUCCUACAGGAUAGGGAUAAUAUUCAAGCCAUCCAAGUUCAAGCGGGAGGGAGCAUACCCGAAGGAGUGUUAAUGGAGGUUCCCGUGCAUACAGUCCUUGGUCCUGGUGGCCAGAUGAUGGUCACCAAAGGGCUGUCUGAAGAAGAAUCAGUAGGAUCGUCAGCGCUCAGUAGGUUGGCGGCAGCAGUGGCUUCACAGGAGGUCCACAUCAUCCAGAACAACGACAGCAUACAGGACGGUUCCCAACAUCAGGAACAUAGAAUCAUUGCCACACGGAUCGAUAAUCCCAUACCAACCUCUAUCCAUGUCGAUGCAAACAACGCAAUGGACCAAGUCCAAGAGAUAAUCGAAUACACAGUUCCGAGUGUCGCUCAACAGAUCAUCUCAAGCAGUGGCGAUAUUACGGAGGUCAUCACUGCCGAUCAUCACUACCAUGCCGGUCACCACAUCGGUAACCACCAACAGUUGCAGCAACAACAACAACGGCACCAUCAACAUCAGCAACAACAGCAACACGGUGGUAACAGCAGCAUUCAGCAAGCAGCCGUGCACGCGGGUAUACCGACAACCAGCGCCAAUGAGCCGGUUCCGAUUUCGAUUGUUGAGCAGGUUGUUCCGCACUCGGAUGACCAGAGUGCGGUCCGUAAUUUGGUUGCUUCCAUGAUCCCUCACGACGCCGAGCUGGUAAUGAGCAUGAUGCAGAUUCAGCAAGUCCCUCAGCAUGUACAGCAGGUUCAAGUCUCAGGGCUGCCAACCCUUCAUGAGAGUUUGGAGCACUGAUCUGUAUACGGAUCAGUGGUUUGGAGUGAGACAUGGGUCAGAUGCAUAAAAAAGGACAUGUAGUAAUUUCAGGAAAGCAAUUUCUUCAAGCACCGUAAGCAGUUGCUAGCCAAGCAAAGGAUCAUGCCUUAACAAUUGCUUUAUUUCCUAAGCACAACCCUUUUGAUAUUGCCUUCAGAAAGCAAGUGCUAGCGGUUUUAACAAUAGUGACGUUACGCUGUUGCGAGCACGACUCACAGAACAAAGGAAGGACUCGCGUUGCAGAUGUGUGGCAGUGCAAAAUACCGCUUAUCUCAUGCAACAUCUUUUCCUUAGACGUGGUGUCAAACUAUUCCUUUAACUUGUUUCUAAUUAAUGAAAUGAUAUAGUUGGCAUUUGGUUUGCUCUGACUAGGAAGAAAACAUGUACAUGUAGGCUACGGUACACCUUGGGGUUCUCUCUCAGGUGCAUAAACAUGAUUAUUAAACGCAAACACCCUGAUCAAGCAUACGCUCAAGUAGACCAAAAGCUUUGGUCUCUGUUAUGUUGUUCCGCUGAACUCCGUUGGCUCCACUCACCAAUUACAGAGAAAUUAAAAAAAAAUAAAAAUAAAAAUGUUAAAAAACUCCUCGAAAGAGACGGCCAGCUGUCUAACGCUUAGGCUGCUCUGACCGCGCUUGAAAAAAACAACCCCAAGCAAA